AUGCAGGCAGAGGCCCAGAAGUUGCAGCAGGAGAUGGAGACCUGCGAGGGCCUCGCGUCCAAUGCAGUGGAGCAGAAGACGCGGAUGGGGCUUAUGAGCCAAGGCCUUCGUCAUGAUCGCAUCAGAUGGGGUUGGAGCUUGCAGGAGCUCUCCCGGCAGCUCGCUGCCCUGCCUGGCGACACACUCCUAACUUCGGCUGCGGCUCUCUUUGCCGGACCAUUUGGCCCCAUGCAUCGCGAGGAGCUCAUGGCCCACUGGAAGGCCCCAAAGUUCUAA